AUGACGGGUCAGAGCGCUUUCUAUGUCUUCCUAGGCAAUACUCACCUCUCGUCCCAGGACUUGUAUUACAUUCAUGAGUUGGCUGACAAGUAUAAUUUCAUUGUGGCGUGUGGUGGCUCGGUUUGCAAAUUCGUCAACACGGAGAUCUUUCCAUGGGCAGAUAUUCGCAUGACAAGUUUGAUCAGGAUGUUCAGUGGGCCUUGUAAUGCCGCGACUGGUAGUAUUGUGAUAAACCCCCAAUACCGCCAUUACAAUGCAAUUCACACAAGCAUCAAAGCGAUUUACGAAGACAUCUUCUUCCAUCUCAACGCAUCCGAGCUGAAUUGCAGCUGCCUUGAUGUUGUCAAGCGCAUUUACCUCUCCAACAAAAAACAGUCUCCCACCCAUCAGUUGCCCAAGUGA